UGCGCAUCGAAGCAAGCAACGGGCUGCAUGGCAAAGAAGAUCGAAGACCGCGUCGCUGGAGAGGCCAGGCACCACCGCUCAAGCAGCAGUGCCAACCUUUCGAAGCAGCAUCAAGGCGCGGCCACCACCUCCAAGGCUGCCUUCAGGGCCGCUCCCUUUACAACAAGAGCAUCCAAUCCUACUGCGGGUGCUGCAGGCGCCGCUGCAUCUGCUGCUGCUUCCACCGCUGCGGCUGCCGAUGCCUCUACCACUGCGGCUGCUGCUGCGGCUGCUGCUGCGGCUGCUUUGGGAGGAUUGAAAGAGGGCGAGGUGGUUAACACUGUGGAGGAGAGGCCACGGACUGAGAUGCGAGUGAGUACAGCCCGUGAUGAGCUGAGAGAAGAUGAGGGGUUGAAAUACAGGCACCUGCAUGCUUCCCACCAGCAGCAUUUCCAGCAGCAGCAGCAGCAGCAGCAGCAGCAGCAGCAGCAGCAGCAGCAGCAGCAGCAGCAGCAGCAGCAGCAGCAGCAGCAGCAGCAGCAGCAGCAGCAGCAGCAGCAGCAGCAGCAGAUGGGGUCGCAGCUUCAGGAGCAGCAGCAGCUGCGGCGAGCUUCAAUGGGGCUGUCUGUGCGGCGCACACCUCUGCACGGACUGAGUACAACACCAGGCCCGGACAUCAAGACCAGCUGUGCUCUCACCAGCGCUAGCAUGAGCAUGCAUUCCUGCUUUAAGGGGGCCAGCAGCUGUGCCUACCCAGGUCAGUUGAACGGGGUUGAGAGCAACGGCAUGGGCAUGGGCAGCACGGGUAGGCGCUGCUUCACCGAUUCGUGGCAACGCAGUGAGAUGGGUGAUGCUGGGCAUCGGGCUGAGGAGCAGGUUGGGGGUUUGGUUUCGGUUCCGAGUGGGUGCCUCGAUGAGCUGUACUUGGCCCCAGAUGAGCUGUACCUUACCCCGGAUGACAUCAGCAAGUGUGAGGUCAUGAUUCAAGGUAGCGGGGACCUGGAGAUGAUGUAUGUGCCGGCUGCUGCGAAUGCAUGCAGCAACAUGGAUUCCAUGGUGUUUGAUUGCACAAAGGAGGAGCUCUACAGGGCGCAGAGGGCACUGCAGUGAGGUUGUGGCUCUACGAGCUGAGGGUUCACCUUUCAUCUUAAGUUUACUAUGGCUUGUUUUAGUCUGACUUGUGAAGUGUUCUAAUUUGAACGUUGAUAAGUUUAUGUGUAUUCUCUAAUGGUGUG